UAAAGUUACUUCCUGGUUAGCGAUAUUUUCACAGUAUGUAACUUUAUUCGACAAACACACGCGCCUGACUCAAGAUGGCUCCCUGCUACUUUCUGAUGGUUGCCGUCUGUAUGGCGAUCUCUGUGAGAGGAAGUCCACAUUUCACUUUAUCAUCCGAAGAGAUAAGCUGGUCUGAGGCCAGAGACGCAUGCGCGGAAAACGGCAGUAUCCUAACCGGAAGUGAAGAGAAUGAUGCGCAGAUUGAUGAAUUGUUAAGUGACGCUAAUAUCAGUAACGUAUGGACGGGCGAAUACACAUUCCUGACGGACUGGGUAGCUUAUCAAGGCUGCCAUAGAGGUGAUUUGUCAGACAUUCAAGGGACGACUGUCACUUCACCCAAAGUAGGGAGAUGUCAACUGUACUGCCAAUCAAAUGGAAGCGAGUACUUCAUUUUGCAGGACACGGAUGUUUGUAAAUGUAUCGACAACAUCACCGGGUCCAAGCUGAAUCGGACACACGACUCUCAUUGUAACCGUACGUGUGGGGAGGGACCAGAGAAAGGCACGAGGUGUGGCGGGACGAAUGAUCACGUGGUCUCGCUUUAUAGAACAUCCGGAUUUGAACGACAUGAUGGACGACUGAAGAUAAUAUGUGAAAAUAAACACGGGACCCUUUCUUGUCCACCUCGUACAGUUAUCAAUAUAACAUACGCAAACUACGGCUUAACUGAGCUCUUUGAUUCCUGUCCAAAAAAUCAUGUGUUACCGUCAAACACUAAUUGCAUAAAAACAGAGUCCACUGCAAUUAUGCAGAAAUCGUGUAACGACAAAAGAACUUGUACAGUAACUGCAUCAAAUGACUAUUUCAAAGGUGACCCCUGUCGAGGGACAACCAAACUCCUGAACGUUUCAUAUACGUGUCUGCCAACAGACUGUACAGAAGACUUGUGUCGUGUGUUUAAGCUGGAUACAAACAACACAGUGAUUCUAAUGACGACUCCUUGUGAUUCGGGAAUCACUUCAACAGCUUGUAUCACAUAUAACGAGACAUCUGAGGCAGAUGAAAUGACAUUAAUCAUGCAUAAUGGUACAAGGGACAAAGCAAUUGAUCUGUGUAGGCAUGGCUAUGUCCCUGGGAUGGACAACACAACCAGAGCGAAACUGUUGGAGAAGGCUCAUACCAACCAAACCAUAUGGAGUGGUUACGUCAGACAGCGGAUCGACGUCAGCGAUGGCGGUAUUUACUCGAACAACGGAAGCCUGAUGCAAUGCUAUAGUAUGGAGAAUUACACCCGUGUUAGAAGAAAUUGUACGGAAAAGCGACGAUAUAUCUGUCGAAAAGAAUCUGUCGAUGAAAUACCAACAAUAGAAACAGUCACGGCACCGGAGACAGAAUCUGUCGAUGAAAUACCAACAACAGAAACAGUCACGGCACCGAAGACAGAAUCUGUCGAUGAAAUACCAACAACAGAAACAGUCACGGCACCGAAGACAGACUCGACUACCAAGCUCUCUACGGUUGUAACUACAACCAGACAACAAGAAAAAGUUACCUUACGGAAACCUCGUAAAAGCUCGCGAGAGGAUACAAAAGUCAUAGGGGUUGCCGCAGGAAUCGCCGUGGGAUGCAUCGUACUGGUUGUGGUCACAGCUUUCGUGGUAAACAGACUAUGUAAAAGAUCGGCAAAAAAGAAAAAACAUAAAAAGAAACAACGACCAGUGAUGUUAAAUGAAAUUAUUAGAAGAUCUGAUCCUCCUGAAGAAAACAAUCAAUCAGACUCGUCAACAGACGAAUCAGAACACGAAACCAACUUUACUACAGCUGCAGAUAACUUACCACAAGGACGCGGAGAAACAUCAGGACUAAAGACAGUGAAGUAUAGCUGCGAUAUUGCUAACGAAAAGGUGACUGACGAUGGACACGUGAAUGACGCAUAUGCAUACGCAGAAACCGCUUCAAGUGGUUCGGCUGAAGGGGUGUAUGAUGCUAUGGAGUUAUGUAUUGAUGCUAGCGAUGAUGAGGAUCACAUUUAUUCUCAGACAAUGCUACCGCUGCCUGAUGAUCAGGUUACAGAGGACGUUUCUAGGCAACAAGACAUUGGUGACGCGUAUGACGUUAUGCAACCAAAGGUUAAAGGUCAAGGAAAUGGUACUACAUAUGGCCAUACGGACAUGCGAUCUGCAGGCAAUGGAGGUUAUGAUGUGUUUAAUAAAAACAUCAAAGUAGAUGUAGAAGGUACAUAUGAUCAUGCACAAAUCAUUCAAAAUAAAAAUGCAGGUUCGAAGAUUUCAGAAUAUGAUGUUUUUAACGGAAAAGUCAAAGGCGAUGAAUAUUGCGACUCUGACAUGUAUGAUCAUACAAAAGGCAUCAGUGCAGGACUGGGGAAACCCACAGACGAUGCAAACAAUGUGUAUGAUACAUGUAAUGCUAAGGGCAAAUGUAUCGAAAGUAUCGACGAUGUGUACGACCACGCAAAGUUUACACGAGAAAAUCAAGAUGAAAAUUUAUAUGAUCUUAACUCAAAAGGGAAAACUACUCCGUCAGUGGACGAGGAUCCUUAUGAUCACGUGUAACGAUACUCCGUCAGUAGACGAGGAUCCCAACGAUCAUGUAUAACGAUACUUCGUCAGUGGAUGAGGAUCCUUAUGAUCAUGUAUAACGAUACUCAGUCAGUGGACGAGGAUCCGAAUGAUCAUGUGUAACGAUACUCAGUCAGUGGACGAGGAUCCGAAUGAUCAUGUAUAACGAUACUCCGUCAUUGGACGAGGAUCCUUAUCAUCAUGUAUAACAAUACUCCGUCAGUGGACGAGGAUCGUUAUUAUCAUGUGUAACGAUACUCAGUCAGUGGACGAGGAUCCGAAUGAUCAUGUAUAACGAUACUCAGUCAGUGGACGAGGAUCCUUAUGAUCAUGUGUAACGAUACUCCGUUAGUGGACGAGGAUCCGAAUGAUCAUGUAUAACGAUACUCAGUCAGUGGACGAGGAUCCCAACGAUCAUGUAUAACGAUACUCCGUCAGUGGACGAGGAUACGUAUGAUCAUGUAUAACAAUACUCCGUCAGUGGACGAGGAUCCUUAUGAUCAUGUAUAACAAUACUCCGUCAGUGGACGAGGAUACGUAUGAUCAUGUAUAACAAUACUCCGUCAGUGGACGAGGAUCCUUAUGAUCAUGUAUAACAAUACUCCGUCAGUGGACGAGGAUCCGAAUGAUCAUGUAUAACGAUACUCAGUCAGUGGACGAGGAUCCUUAUGAUCAUGUGUAACGAUACUCAGUCAGUGGACGAGGAUCCGAAUGAUCAUGUAUAACAAUACUCCGUCAGUGGACGAGGAUCCUUAUGAUCAUGUAUAACGAUACUCAGUCAGUGGACGAGGAUCCUUAUGAUCAUGUGUAACGAUACUCAGUCAGUGGACGAGGAUCCUUAUGAUCAUGUAUAACAAUACUCCGUCAGUGGACGAGGAUACGUAUGAUCAUGUAUAACAAUACUCCGUCAGUGGACGAGGAUCCUUAUGAUCAUGUAUAACGAUACUCAGUCAGUGGACGAGGAUCCGAAUGAUCAUGUAUAACGAUACUCAGUCAGUGGACGAGGAUCCUUAUGAUCACGUGUAACGAUACUCCGUCAGUGGACGAGGAUCUCAACGAUCAUGUAUAACGAUACUCAGUCAGUGGACGAGGAUCCUUAUGAUCACGUGUAACGAUACUCCGUCAGUGGACGAGGAUCCUUAUGAUCACGUGUAACGAUACUCAGUCAGUGGACGAGGAUCCUUAUGAUCACGUGUAACGAUACUCAGUCAGUGGACGAGGAUCCUUAUGAUCACGUGUAACGAUACUCAAUCAGUGGACGAGGAUCCUUAUGAUCACGUGUAACGAUACUCAGUCAGUGGACGAGGAUCCUUAUGAUCAUGUGUAACGAUACUCAGUCAGUGGACGAGGAUCCUUAUGAUGACGUAUAACGAUACUCCGUCAGUGGACGAGGAUCAGAAUCAUCAUGUGUAACAUUUCUACAUGUAUGAUUGUUGAGGGAAUCAUAUUUUUUUUAUUUCAGACAAUGUAGCAAAUGACUUUGUUAGUUUUUUAAUCAUAAGCAGUUAAAUUGGAAUCGAAAUUAUUAUCGUAUCCAUUAACUUUUCAAUAAUCUUAUCUAUGUAUAUGUAUCUUCAUUACCUAUAUCGUUUGCCCAGGUACAUGUUUUUACAUUACCUACAUUAUUUGUCUAUGUAUCUACAUUACAUCAAUUGUUUGUCUAUGUAUCUACAUUACCUACAUUUUUGUUUGUGUAUCUUCAUUACCUACAAUGUUUGUCUGUGUAUCUUCAUUACCUACAUUGUUUGUCUGUGUAUCUACAUUAACUACAUUGUUUGUCUGUGUAUCUACAUUACCUACAUUGUUUGUCUAUCUAUCUACAUUACCUACAAUGUUUGUCUGUGUAUCUACAUCACCUACAAUGUUUGUCUGUGUCUACAUUACCUACAUUGUUUGUCUGUGUAUCUACAUUACCUACAAUGUUUGUCUGUGUAUCUACAUUACAUACAAUGUUUGUCUAUGUAUCUACAUUACCUACAUUGUUUGUCUGUGUCUACAUUACCUACAUUGUUUGUCUAUGUAUCUAUAUUACCUACAUUGUUUGUCUGUGUAUCUACAUUACCUACAAUGUUUGUCUCUGUCUACAUUACCUACAAUGUUUGUCUAUGUAUCUACAUUACCUACAAUGUUUGUCUCUGUCUACAUUACCUACAUUGUUUGUCUAUGUAUCUACAUUACCUACAUUGUUUGUCUUUGUAUCUACAUUACCUACAUUGUUUGUCUAUGUAUCUACAUUACCUACAUUGUUUGUCUAUGUAUCUACAUUACCUACAAUGUUUGUCUUUGUAUCUACAUUACAUACAAUGUUUGUCUAUGUAUCUACAUUAUAUACAAUGUUUGUCUAUGUAUCUACAUUACGUACA